CCUAAACAACCAAAAUAAAGAACAAAAAAGAAACCUUCGUGAUUCACACCCCUUUGUAUAAAAGUCAUGGCCUGUUCUGUGAUCAUAUUACACCUGUCGUCCUCCUUCGCAACCCAUGUUCGUGCAGAUGCAAUAAGUGGAUAAUGGGGUGAUGCAGUUGCCUUAGAAGUUAGAAUAUCCAUGAGGCAGAACCAAAAUCAUCGUCGCAACCAAUGCGCACCAAUUGUCCUACUUCGCUCGGCGGUCUCAUUUAUUGAUGGUUUAUUGGUGAGGAAAUCGGGAGGGCUUUAAAUUCAUGAUUUCAAUAUUCAGAAGGCUAUUGAAACCGUCGCUGUACACCAAACGGGUCUCAAAGCUCAUGGAUUCUUCAGAGUCCCCUGGGAAUGGGAGCUCACGAAAGCUAAUCGCCUUGUCACAGCAACUCCGCCUUUACAAACCACCGCCAUGUUUGGACGACGUGGAGGAGCCAAGCAGUGAGGAGAGUAAUGGAAAGGUUGUUUCUCAAGUGGGUUUUCCGGAAUCGGCUGCCCCGAUUUCUCGAGACCCUGAGAUAUUCAGACCCAAGAGAGCGGCUGUGUUGAUUUGUCUUUUUGAAGGGAGUGACGGCGAUCUGCGGGUCAUUCUCACCAAACGAUCUUCGAGAUUGUCUACUCACUCGGGUGAAGUUGCAUUGCCUGGAGGAAAAGCAGAGGAAGGAGAUGAGGAUGAUGGGGCGACGGCGACAAGAGAAGCAAAGGAGGAGAUUGGUUUGGAUCCUUCGCUUGUUAAUGUUGUAGCAGUUCUUGAGCCAUUCUUGUCCAAGCACCUCCUAAGAGUGGUUCCUGUUAUCGGCAUUCUGAAUGAAAGAAAUGCAUUCAAUCCCUGGCCGAAUCCUGCUGAAGUGGAAGCAGUAUUUGAUGCUCCACUUGAAAUGUUUAUCAAGGAUGAAAAUCGGAGAGCGGAGGAGAGAGAGUGGAUGGGAUGCAAUUACCUCGUUCAUUUCUUUGACUAUGAAACUGAGAACAAGAAGUAUGUGAUAUGGGGCUUAACUGCUGGGAUCUUGAUAAGGGCUGCAUCAGUUGUAUUCCAAAGAUCACCACCUUUUCUGGAGCAAAAUCCCAUCUUCAAGGAGCCAAAAGGUUUUUUUAUUCAGAAUAGAGGAAGCCAGCGGUAUCAUGUGUCGAGAAAGUUAUCGUUGAGAGUGAACGCUCGGAACAAACUUGCUGCAGUUGCCUGCAUAUCGUUUUCCCUGAACAUGAUUCCCAGCAUGGAGAGGUUAAGCAGCCGUCGGUUAACAGGGCAGGCAGGUCUUCCCAGUUUCAGAACUCAUUUUUAGAUGAUAAUAUUUCUUCACCAUUGUGUAUAUUUCCAAAGUUCUGUAUUGACGUUGGCUACAGAGGCUUAUUUGAUUAGUAGUAAAAUUUUAAACAAAAGUAUUAUAAUGAAUAAACCGACUACUUGUGCUGUAAAAACUUCGGUAUCAUACGUACUACUCUUUCAAUGUAAAUAUAUUCUUCACCUUGACUAUUUCUUGUAUGCAUUGCAUAGACAAUGACGGUCGUUUUUCUGACCUUAUUACAGCAGUGAUCAUGGUACUCUCCAUACACAAAUGUAUGAACUACAUGUGCAUUGAAAAUCUUUAAAAUUCUGCUCAUAUAAAUAGAAAAUGGAAACACUACAAAAAGCACGACGGUAUCAAUUUGUUACAACUUACAAAAGGAGUUGCAAUGAUAAGGCCAUUUGUAUUGCCUUUCUCAGCUAAAUACCUCAUAAAAUUUCUCAAUGACAAGUAAA